AUGCCGGCAACCACUCGUCCACUCUCACACUCAACAUUCGCUAAUCUCACCAACGAUGAGUACCAGAAUACAUAUCUUGGGUUUCAACGGUUCACAGGAGAGAACAUGGGCUUCAAGAAGAGCAAAAGUAUCUCUUUAAUGGCAGUGAAACACUACUUGAUUCCAUUGAUUGGAGAAAGAAGAGAGUUGUUGUGGAUGUCAAGAUCCAAGGACUAUGUUGCAACUAGUAGUUGGGCAUUCUCUAUAAUUGCAACCAUAGAAGGGUUGAACCAAAUUGUUACAAGAAAUUUAGUAUCAUUGUCAGGACAAGAGUUAGUAGAUUGUGCUAGAAAGAGUUGUGAAGCUUGGUAUAUGGACAAGGCUUUUGAGUUCAUCAUCAAUAAUGGUGGCAUUGACACUGACAAGGACUAUCCAUACAGAGCUGUCAUACAUGAAUUUGUUGCUAAGAAGAAAAGUUGUACUAUUGAUGGUUAUGAGAGCAUUCCUAAAAAUAGAGAGGACAGCUUGAAGAAGGCUGUUGUCCCACCCAAUUAG